CGCGUCCCUUCCGGCUCGCCGUAGCAGCCGCGCCGCCGCUUCCUCCGGCCGGGCCCCGGAUGUGUCGAGAGGAACGGUGCCGUCUGGGCCCGGUCCCCAGCCCCAGCCCGACGUGGAGGAGCGCGGACCAGACCCGGGAAUGUCUUGUCAUGUCAGUGGCCUGCAGUCCGUGGUCCUUGCGUCUGGCUGUGCUCCUUGGCGUCCUCACGGUGUGGGUGUGUCUGUAGCUCGGCCUUUACGUUGCUGAGGCAGCUGUGUUGUGCGGCUCUUGCAGGUGUUUUAUUCCUUCGCCAGGUGAAGGAGAGCAUUAAGUUGGAUAAAAAGGAGGGCGAUCAUGCAUCAUGGCAGCGGCCCUCAGAACGUCCAGCACCAGCUGCAGAGGUCCAGGGCCUUCGCCGGCGGCGAAGGAGAAGAGCCGCAGGCCCGUCCCAACCCCCCGCAGUCCCCCGCCACACCCUUUGCGCCGGCGGCGAGCCCGUCCGCGCCCCAGUCCCCCGGUUACCAAGUUCAGCAGCUGAUGAACCGCAGCCCCGUGGCCGGGCAGAGUGUGAACAUCGCCCUUCAGAAUGUGGGGCCGGUGGUGGGAGGGAACCCCCAGAUCACGCUGGCCCCCCUGCCGCUGCCCAGCCCCACUUCUCCGGGAUUCCAGUUCAGUGCGCAGCAGAGGCGGUUUGAGCACGGGUCUCCAUCGUACAUCCAGGUCACCUCGCCGCUGUCCCAGCAGGUGCAGACUCAGAGCCCCACCCAGCCCAGCCCCGGGCCAGGACCGGGCCUGCAGAGCGUGCGGGCGGGCGCCCCUGGCCCCGGCCUGGGCCUGUGCAGCAGCAGCCCCACCGGGGGCUUCGUGGACGCCAGUGUGCUGGUGAGACAGAUCAGCCUGAGCCCGUCCAGUGGUGGCCACUUCGUGUUCCAGGAGGGCUCGGGCCUGGCGCAGAUGGCCCCGGGCGCCCAGGUCCAGCUGCAGCACACGGGGGCGCCCAUCACAGUCAGAGAACGGAGACUCUCGCAGCCCCAUGCGCAGUCGGGGGGCACCGUCCACCACCUGGGGCCUCAGAGCCCCGCGGCCGCAGGCGGGGCCGGCCUGCAGCCCCUGUCCAGCCCCGGGCACAUGGCCACGACGAGCUUGCCGCCCCAGAUCAGCAGCCUCAUACAGGGGCAGCUGAUCCAGCAGCAGCAGGUGCUGCAGGCGCCUCCGCUGACCAGGCCUCUGCUCCCCGGGGUUGGGGUCGGGGGCGCUUCGGCAUUUGGGAUGACGUCCCCACCGCCCCCCACCAGCCCUUCCAGGACCGCAGCGCCCCUGGGCCUCUCCAGCCUUCCUGUCCCGUCUGCGGGGAGUGCGGGGAUAAGAAAGGCUCCCAGGAAAUUGGAAGAGAUCCCCCCGGCCUCCCAGGAGCUGGCUCAGAUGAGGAAGCAGUGCCUGGACUAUCACUACAGGGAGAUGGAGGCUCUGAAGGAGGCCUUCAAGGAGUACUUGGUCGAGCUGUUCUUCUUGCAACACCUUCAAGGAAACAUGAUGGAUUUCUUAGCUUUUAAGAAGAAACAUUAUGCCCCGUUACAAGCUUAUCUUAGGCAGAAUGAUUUGGACCUGGAGGAGGAGGAGGAGGAGGAGGAGGAGGAGGAUGAGGAGGAAGAGGAGGAGGAGAAGUCUGAGGUCAUCAAUGAUGAGGUAAAGGUUGUGACAGGAAAGGAUGGGCAGACUGGUACUCCUGUUGCUAUAGCAACCCAGCUUCCUCCAAAUGUUUCUGCUGCUUUUUCAUCCCAGCAGCAACCAUUUCAGCAGCAAGCCCUUGCAGGGACCCUCGUGGCAGCGGCCGGCAGUGUGAUCGAAACGGACCCCUUUAGGAGGCAGCAGGCGGGGCCUCCGGCAGAGCAGUCUAAGAGACCUCGACUCGAAGUGGGUCACCAAGGGGUAGUUUUCCAGCACCCAGGGGUGAAUACAGGAGUUCCUCUCCAGCAGUUAAUGCCGACAGUUCAAGGGGGAAUGCCACCCGCGCCGCAGGCCGCUCAGCUCGCCGGCCAGAAGCAGAGCCAGCCGCGCUACGACCCCUCCACGGGGCCCCCCGUGCAGAACGCCGCCAGCCUGCAUACGCCGCCGCCGCAGCUGCCCGCCAGGCUGCCCCCGGCCGGCCUCCCCGCCGCGCCCCUGCCGCCGGCGCUGCAGUUCCCCCCGCAGCCGCAGACGGCGGAGCCUCAGACCCCGCUCCCGGUGCCGGUGAAGACGCAGCCGCCAAACGCCCCCGCCCCGGCGCCCCCGCCCGGCCCGCUCCCCGCGGCCCUCCACGUCCCGGUGCCCGCGCAGGCGCAGAUGCAGGCCCCUCCGCUCCCGUCCCAGCCGCAGACGGUGGCGCCGCCCAGACCGCCCGUGGACCCCGCCCAGACCUGCCCGCGGCCGCUGCCCUCCGCCUCCUCUGCCUCGACCGUUGCCCCCGCCAGUGGCUCAGGCCCGGGGCCUUCGCCUGCCCGGGCCUCCCCGGUGAACAGACCCUCCCCGGCAGCCAAGUCGCUGUCUCCGGUCAUCGCCCGCUCCCCGGGGGCAGCCGUGUCGGCGCCCCCGAAACCACAGAGCCCCGCUCAGAAUGCCGCCGCGCCCCACGACGGUUCUCAGGACAAGCUGGCAGAACAGAUAGCGCUGGAGAACCAGAUCCAUCAGCGGAUAGCAGAUUUAAGGAAAGAAGGCCUGUGGUCCCUCAGACGGCUGCCCAAGCUGCAGGAGGCCCCGCGGUCCAAGUCGCACUGGGACUACCUGCUGGAGGAGAUGCAGUGGAUGGCCACAGACUUCGCCCAGGAGAGGAGGUGGAAGGUGGCUGCUGCCAAGAAGCUUGUCAGAACUGUAGUGCGUCAUCACGAAGAGAAGCAGCUUCGGGAGGAACGGGGAAGGAGAGAAGAACAGAACCGAUUGAGACGGAUAGCUGCGUCAACUGCUAGAGAAAUAGAGUAUUUUUGGUCAAAUAUUGAACAGGUUGUGGAAAUAAAACUACAAGUAGAAUUAGAAGAAAAAAGGAAAAAGGCUUUAAAUUUCCAGAAAGUUUCCCGGAAAGGUAAAGAGUCGAGACCUACAGGGCUUGAUGCGUUACGGGAAAACUUUGUGGAUUCAGGGAUACCUGGAAGAAAAAGAAAAGCAAGCACAUCUUUAACCGAUGAUGAAGUGGAAGACGAGGAGGAGACGAUCGCAGAGGAAGAGGCACUGGAGGGGGCUGCGGACCACCAGGCGGAGCUGUUGGAGUUAGCCAGAGAAGCUGAAUUGCCCUUAAUUGAUCUGAUGAAGUUGUACGAAGGUGCCUUUCUGCCGAAUUUCCAGUGGCCCCAACCUAAACCUGACAGUGAAGAGACAAGUGAAGACGAAGACAUGGAAGACUGCCGGAAGGAUGUGGUCCUCAUCGACUCGCUGUUCAUCAUGGACCAGUUUAAAGCCACAGAGAGAGUGGUUGUUGGGAAGCCUCACACAAAGGACAUCGCGGAAGUGACCGCUGUGGCCGAAGCCAUCCUGCCCAAGGGCAGUGCUCGGAUCAGCACCGCGGUGAAGUUGAAUGCUCCGGCUCUUCUGUACGGCGCCCUCAGAGAUUACCAGAAGAUUGGCCUGGACUGGCUGGCCAAGCUCUACCGGAAGAACCUCAAUGGCGUAUUGGCAGAUGAAGCUGGGCUUGGUAAAACAGUGCAGAUCAUUGCUUUUUUUGCCCACCUAGCCUGUAACGAAGGCAACUGGGGCCCACAUCUUGUCGUUGUGAGGGGCUGUAACAUACUCAAGUGGGAGCUCGAGCUGAAGCGCUGGUGUCCGGGGCUCAAAACGCUCUUGUAUGUUGGCAGCCAUAGAGAACUCAAGGCAAAGAGACAGGGGUGGACAGAGCCCAACCGCUUCAACGUCUGCAUCACGUCCUACAAGCAGUUCUUCAAGGGCUACGCGUCCUUCACGCGGGUGCGCUGGAAGUGCCUGGUCAUCGACGAGAUGCAGCGUGUGAAGGGCAUGACCGAAAGGCACUGGGAGGCCGUGUUCACCCUGCAGAGCCAGCAGCGACUGCUGCUCAUCGACGCCCCCCUGCACAACACCUUCCUGGAGCUGUGGACCAUGGUGCACUUCCUCAUCCCGGGCAUCUCCAGGCCCUACCUGCACUUCCCCCUGAAAGCCCCCAGUGAGGAGAAUCAGGACUACUACCACAAAGUGGUCAUCCGGCUGCACCGGGUGACACAGCCCUUUAUUUUGCGGAGAACUAAGAGAGAUGUGGAGAAGCAGCUAACGAAGAAAUAUGAACACGUCCUGAAGUGCCGCCUCUCCAAUCGACAGAAGGCCUUGUACGAGGAUGUCAUCCUGCAGCCGGGGACGCAGGAAGCUCUGAAGAGCGGGCGCUUUGUGGACGUGCUGAGCAUCCUCCUGCGGCUGCAGCGGAUCUGCAACCACCCCGGGCUGGUGGCGCCCCGGCUCCCGGAGUCCUCCUACACAGCGGGGCCGCUGCAGUGCCGCUCGGCCUCACUCAUCCUGAAGGCGCUUGACCGAGACUUCUGGAAGGAAACCGACCUUUCUAUAUUUGAUCUUAUUGGCUUAGAAAAUAAAAUGACUCGCCACGAGUCAGAACUGCUGGGUAAGAAGAAGGUGACACGGAAACUCUUCGAGGAGCUGUUCACCGCGCCGCCACCGUCGGGCAGGCCAGCGGCCGUCAGACUGAAGCCCAGCAGGUUGUUUCAGCCCGUGCAGUACGGCCAGAAGCCCGAGGGCCGCACCGUGGCUUUCCCCAGCACACACCCGCCCCGGACGGCCACGCCCACAGCCGCUGCCACGCCGCAGGGCCAUGUUCGAGGACGGCCGCCCAUCGCCACGUUCUCUGCAAAUCCGGAUGCAAAAGCGCCAGCAACCCCGUUUCAGACCUCUCAGGCCUCCACCGGUGCUCCGAGACACCAGCCCGCCUCGACCUUCAGCACAGCACCUAGCCCAGCCCAUCCUGUGAAACUGCGGGCUCAGACCACUGCCCCGGCCUCCACCCCGGGCCCGCCCCAGCCCCAGCCCCAGGCCCCCUCGCACCCGGCCGGGCAGAGCGCGCUGCCUCAGGGGCUGGUGCUCACCUCGCAGGCCCAGGCGCGCCUGCCUAGUGGAGAGGUGGUCAAAAUAGCCCAGCUGGCUUCCCUCGCGGGCCCACCGAGCCGAGUCGCCCAGCCGGAGAGCCCCGUGACGCUUCAGUUCCAGGGCAACAAGUUCACCUUGUCGCAUAGCCAGCUGCGGCAGCUGACAGCUGGCCAGCCCCUGCAACUCCAAGGCAGCGUCCUCCAGAUUGUGUCCGCGCCCGGGCAGUCCUACCUGCGACCUCCAGGCCCCGUGGUGAUGCAGACAGUGUCUCAGGCAGGGGCCCUGAACGCCCUGGGAAGCAAGCCCCCGGCCGGCGGCCCAAGCCCCGCACCCAUGACCCCGCCAGUGGGUGUGCCCAGCCGAGUGGCAGUCAGUCCCCUGGCAGGAGAACCUGGAGUGGCCUCCAAGCCAGCCUCUCCCGUCGCCGGGCCGACCCAGGAGGAAAAGACCAGACUUUUGAAAGAGCGGCUGGACCAGAUUUAUUUUGUCAACGAACGGCGCUGCUCUCGCACCCCCGUCUACGGCAGAGACCUAUUGGGGGUUUGUUCCCUGCCCGGCAGAGGACACGUGCCUUGGCUCGGGGCUCCUGACGGAGGUCAUAGGAAGGGGGCUGGGCCCAGGAGCCGGUACAUGUCACCCUCGACAACUCACAGGGACCUGAUUUUGACGCUGACUCAGCGUCAGGAAUCCCUCCAGGACGUCAUGGACAGGGUGGCGUGUGUGGUCCCGCCGGUGGUGGCCGCGCCCCCGCGCUUGUGGGUGGCGAGGCCGCCCUCCCGCUACGGCCACAAGAUGAGGCUCUUCAGACACUGCCUGCGGGAGCGCGCGGCACCCUUCGCCCAGCAGCUGCGGCGGGUGACGGCCCUGCGCUCACUGCGGUUUCCCGAGCUGAGGCUGGUCCAGUUUGACUCAGGAAAGCUGGAAGCGUUAGCUAUCCUACUUCAGAAGUUGAAAUCUGAAGGACGUCGAGUGCUGAUUUUAUCACAGAUGGUUCUCAUGUUAGACAUUUUAGAAAUGUUCUUGAACUUCCAUUAUCUCACCUACAUAAGAAUUGACGAAAACGCCAACAGUGAACAGCGGCAGGACCUGAUGAGGAGUUUCAACCGGGACAGGCGGGUCUUCUGUGCCCUCCUUUCCACACACAGCCGCGCCACGGGCGUGAGCCUGGUGGAGGCCGACGCGGUGGUGUUCUACGACCAUGACCUCAACCCCGUCAUGGACGCCAAGGCCCAGGAGUGGUGCGACCGGAUCGGGCGGCGCAAGGACGUGCACAUAUACAGGCUUGUGAGCGGCAAUUCCAUUGAAGAGAAAUUGUUGAAAAAUGGAACCAAAGAUUUGAUCCGAGAAGUGGCUGCUCAGGGAAACGACUACUCCAUGGCGUUCCUCACGCAGCGGACGAUCCAGGAACUGUUUGAGGUUUAUCCACCCAUGGAUGACACUGGCUUCCCAGUGAAAGCCGAGGAGUUUGUCGUCCUUUCUCAGGAACCUUCUGUCACAGAAACCAUUGCACCCAAAAUUGCCAGACCUUUCAUAGAGGCCCUCAAGAGCAUCGAGUGUCUGGAGGAGGAGGACGCGCACGAGCCAGCAGAGGAGUUGGCGCCCGGGUCUCGGCGCCCGGACGGUCCCCGGUGGGGCGAGGAGCCCUCGCCGCUGGAGGAGCUGGCGGACUUCAUGGGGCAGCUCACACCAAUUGAAAAAUAUGCUUUGAAUUACCUGGAAUUAUUCCAUACUUCCACUGAUCAAGAAAAGGAGAGAAAUAGUGAGGGCGCCGUGCUGGCCGCCGUGGGCGAGUGGGAGGCCCGGCAUGCGCGGGCACUGCGGGAGCGCGAGGCCCGGGCGCGGCGCGAGCACGAGCAGCAGCAGCUUCUCACCUACACCCGGGAGGACGCCUGCAGCGCGGAAUUCGUGUGUGAGGGCGCUGACGGGCAGACGGAGGUCAUGCCGCUCUGGACGCCGCCCACGCCCCCCCAGGAUGACAACGACAUCUACAUCGACUCGGUCAUGUGUCUCAUGUACGAAACCACUCCCAUCCCGGAGUCCAAGCUGCCGCCCGUGUACGUGAGGAAGGAGCGCCGGAGACACAAGACGGACCCCUCAGCCGCAGGCAGGAAGAAGAAGCAGCGUCACGGGGAGGCCGUGGUCCCCCCGCGGUCGCUGUUCGACCGCGCGACGCCCGGCCUGUUGAAGAUCCGCCGGGAGGGGAAGGAGCAGAAGAAGAACAUGCUGCUGAAGCAGCAGACGCAGUUCGCCAAGCCUCUGCCGACGUUCGCCAAGCCAGCCACCGAGUCCGGUCCCGACAACCCUGAGUGGCUCAUCAGCGAGGACUGGGCGCUGCUGCAGGCCGUGAAGCAGCUGCUCGAGCUGCCGCUCAACCUCACGGUCGUGUCCCCGGCCCACACGCCCAACUGGGACCUCGUCAGCGACGUCGUCAACUCCUGCAGCCGCAUCUACCGCUCCUCCAAGCAGUGCCGGAACCGCUACGAGAACGUGCUCAUCCCGAGGGAGGAGGGGAAGAGUAAGAACAACCGUCCUCUGCGCACGGGCCAGAUGUACGCUCAGGACGAGAACGCCACGCACACCCAGCUGUACACGAGCCACUUUGACCUGAUGAAGAUGACCGCGGGCAAGAGGAGCCCCCCCAUCAAGCCUCUGCUUGGCAUGAAUCCCUUUCAGAAAAACCCCAAGCACGCUUCCGUGUUGGCAGAAAGUGGAAUCAACUACGACAAACCCCUGCCUCCUAUUCAGGUCGCGUCUCUCCGGGCAGAGCGCAUCGCCAAGGAGAAAAAGGCGCUGGCAGACCAGCAGAAGGCGCAGCAGCCGCCCGUGGCGCCGCCGCCCCCGCCGCCGCCACAGCCGCCGCCACCGCAGCAGCCGCCCCCGCCACUGCCCCCGCCCCCGUCGGCCGGCAGCCAGCAGCCCGCGGGGCCGCCCGCCGUCCAGCCCCAGGCCCAGGCGCAGCCCCCGGCGCAGCCCCCGCCGCCCCCGCCGAAGGCGCCCCCCGCGAUCACGACGGUGGGCAGCGCUGCAGUGCUGCAGGCAGGAGCCAUCAAGACAUCCGUCACAGGGACAAGCAUGCCCACGGGCACGGUGAGCGGAAACGUGAUCGUGAACACCAUCGCCGGCGUCCCCGCGGCCACCUUCCAGUCCAUUAACAAGCGCCUCGCUUCACCCGUGGCACCUGGAGCCUUGACUACCUCGGGAGGCUCUGCUCCUGCCCAGGUGGUCCACACCCAACCUCGAGCAGUUGGGUCCCCAGCCACGGCCACGUCCGACAUGGUGUCCCUGGCACCGACUCAGGGUGUUCGAGCGGUCACCUCGGUGACGGCCUCGGCUGUGGUCACUACCAGCCUGACCCCGGUGCAGACCCCGACCCGAUCUUUGGUGACUCAAGUGUCCCAAGCCACAGGGGUCCAGCUUCCGGGGAAAACCAUCACGCCCGCGCACUUCCAGCUCCUGCGGCAGCAGCAGCAGCAGCAGCAGGCCUCCCAGGUGCAGGUCCCGCAGAUCCAGGGCCAGGCCCAGGCGCCGACGCAGAUCAAGGCGGUGGGCAAGUUGACACCGGAGCACCUGAUCAAAGUGCAGAAGCAGAAACUGCAGCUGCCCCAGCAGGCGCCCCCAGCGCAGGCCCCGCCGGGGCCCCCGCAGCCAACGGCACAAGUGCAGCUGCAGCCCCCGCAGCCCACGCAGCAGCAGAGCCCCCAGCUCACCACGGUCACGGCCCCGAGGCCCGGCGCCCUGCUCACGGGCACCACCGUGGCCAACCUCCAGGUGGCCCGGCUCACCCGGGUCCCCACUUCACAGCUGCAGGCCCAAGGGCAGAUGCAGGCGCCGGUGACCCAGCCGGCCCAGGUGGCCCUGACGAAGCCCCCGGUGGUGUCGGUGCCCGCAGCCGUGGUGUCCUCGCCGGGCGUCACGACGCUGCCCAUGAACGUCGCUGGGAUCAGUGUGGCCAUCGGGCAGCCCCAGAAAGCCACAGGGCAGACUGUCGUGGCCCAGCCUGUGCACGUCCAGCAGCUGCUGAAGCUCAAGCAGCAAGCCGUCCAGCAGCAGAAGGCCAUCCAGCCACAAGCCGCCCCAGGCCCAGCCGCCGUCCAGCAGAAGAUCACGGCACAGCAGAUUGCCGCUCAGGGCCAACCACAGAAGGUCACCUACGCCACCCAGCCUGCCCUUAAAACCCAGUUUCUCACCACGCCCAUCUCCCAGGCCCAGAAACUGGCUGGGACCCAGCAGGUGCAGACCCAGAUCCAGGUUGCGAAACUCCCUCAAGUCGUCCAGCAGCAGACACCUGUGGCCAGCAUCCAGCAGGUUGCCUCUGCUUCCCAACAGGCUUCCCCGCAGACUGUGACCCUCACCCAGGCGACAGCAGCCGGGCAGCAGGUCCAGAUGAUCCCCGCAGUGACAGCAACAGGUCAGGUGGUCCAGCAGAAGCUCAUGCAGCAGCAAGUUGUGACCACGGCGGCGGCCCAGCUGCAGAGCCCCGGUGUUCCCAGCCCAGCCCAGGUGCCGGCCAGCUCUGACAGCCCGAACCAGCAGCCCAAGCUCCAGAUGAGAGUCCCCGCCGUCAGGUUAAAGACGCCCACCAAGCCUCCGUGCCCCUAGUCGGGAGAGCGGCACGGCCCCAGGCGGGCCGCCCGUGCCCUGCAGGACGUCCGGCGCCUGGGGCCGCGGCCCUCAGCGAGCACCCCGUCCCGCGUUGUGUGGCUGUGGCUGAAAGAGCGGCGGUGGCAGUGUUUCCUCGAUGCUUCACCGUUUCGUGUCUCCUCCAGAGCAGUACUGCUGGGUCUUGAAAGCCGUUUAGAAUUUCUCUGUUAGUGUGCAGUGUUUCUGGCACAUCACAAGUAGCCAUUUGGAAGGUGCAGGGAGUCAUAAAAUAGACCUUAUGAAGCUAAAAUGUGGUCUGACAGCAUCUGUCUCUGCCUGGUUCUUUAUUCCUAACUGAAAACACGUUACGGUCCUUCAAGAGGAGAAAGACUGUCUAACAUCAAAGGUGGGUCACCUCAGGUCAGGGAAAACCUGGCGUGCGUUGAAGCACAUUCAUGACGCGUUCCCAGCUUGUGUUGAAGGGGAAUCAUCUGUGACUGAACUGUCAUUGCAAAGAGCAUCGCGCGCGGCUUCCCUCAGCGACCGGUUUCCACGUAAACGGAACCCUUGGGGCUGCUCCCCGUCCCAGCACAUCCACGACAUUUCCCCAGGUUUCGGAUAAACUUGUAAUUGGACUUAGACUACUGAAGCAGCGCCGGCAGACUUUGUGAGGCUCCUGUCCGGGAUGGUUCAGGGCCCAGAGUGCUGUGCAGGCCUUGUCACGCGGCAGAUGGCACUGCUGAGUGCUCGGUGAGGCGAGACUCUUGCUAAGGGGGCGGCCUGCCGUCGCCCCUUUGCUUUCGUGCCCAGCCCAGGCGUGACGUGCAGCGGUGAGAAGCCUCCUUGUACAGGCGGUGUGUGUAUGCACCUACAAGUGUUACCCACAGAAGUGGGUGUGGUAAACUCUUCACACUAGACGGCCCUGUCUCGUGCGUGAGCAGAUCGCCCACUUGGGGCUCUGCAUAAAGCAGAGAGCCGUGCAGGCUCUUUGGGGUGGGCGGCCCGUGGUGGAGGGGCAGAGAGGACGCCCUGGAUUUGCUGUUUUUAUUUUUUUACUGUGGCAACUGCAAAGGGCUUGAUUGGCUGACGAUGUCUGCUUACCUGGAAGUGUCCACCCAAGCGAAAGGCGCGUGUCUGAUCACACCCUCUCUGCUCUCUGUGCCUCCUUUACAGUUUUGGUCCAGGAAAUCAGGUUGUGUUAGGUCUGUGUGUACUUAGGAACAGUUCCAGCAUACUGAGAGAUUUUUCAUUUUUCAUCAGUCUGUUUCCUCCCCCUUUAUAUCACUUUAUAUGACACAAAGGAAAGUGUCCUGUCCCGAAUUUUUUUGUUUCCCAUCAAUAUAUGUGGACAGUAAUAUGGCGAUUGAUCCCUUAGUGAAGCCAACCGGGCAGCUCAUUUUUGAGUUCUUGGUGAGAAAUUUGGAAAAAAGUAAAGGUCAGUUGUUCAAAGUGGACAGGAUUUAACGUUCUAGUUAAUUGAACAUAUCAAAACAGAACACUAUAAUUUGCCUUCUAACUUGUUCAUUGUGGGUUCAGCACGUGCUGUAAUGAGAGAGUACGGCACGCAGGAGGCUUUCUGUGCUUCGUGUCUGGGUACUGAGGAGAGUUCCUACUUUUCUUUUUAAAUCCUCAAAUGUGCAGAACUCGAAAGGAAUUCUCCUUUUCAGGUUAUCUUGUGCAGCCUGUUGGUUUUGUUCUUACCCUUCAUGGGGUGUUGACGGUCUCUUUGUAGGUGAUGGUGAAGUGUUGAGUGUUUAGAAUAUCCUAGACAUAGCUGCCUGAGUAGAAGUCCUCUAUUAAUCUAGAACACUAGAAGAGAAUUUAGAAAAAUCUCUCAAAAGCUUUCUAAGAGAACAGAACUAGGGUCUGACUAUUUGCAGUGUGGGACUCCUGCCCUGUCUUACUAUGUGAGUGAAAGAAGUGUGUUUUCUUCAGCGAUUCCCUGUUGCAGAAUAUGGGACAGAAAAUAGUGUUACUGGUAUCAGUCGAUUUAGUUAACAUCUAGAUGUCAGCACUGACCUCAUAGUCUUCUACAGUGUCAUUUAGGUAAAGGGUCCAGUGUAUUGUUUUCUUCGAUUUCUGUUUUAAAGGUUAAACUUUCCAUAUUUAAGAAUAAGUGUGGGGCUUCCCUGGUGGCGCAGUGGUUCAGAGUCCGCCUGCCGAUGCAGGGGACACGGGUUCGUGCCCCGGUCCGGGAAGAUCCCACAUGCCGUGGAGCCGCUAGGCCUGUGAGCCGUGGCCGCUGAGCCUGCGCGUCCGGAGCCUGUGCUCCGCAACGGGAGAGGCCACAACAGUGAGAGGCCUGCGUACCGCACAAAUAAAAAAUAAAAACAAUAAGUGUUGAGUUUAGGACGAUGUUUUCCAGGCUUCCUCAGAUUGUUACUGUUGUCAGAAUCCCACAUUACCUUGUAGAACAGGGUUCCCACCCAACGCAUGGUAAGGAUUGAGAGAAAUCUUCAGAACAUGAAAUAUAAAGACAGCAGGCAAAAACACCGUCAAACUGGAAUUGGCCACCACGGAAAGCAGUCGCGCAGUUUUUCUUUUAUUCAGAGACACUUGUUCCAGGGACGCCGGGGGGUGGUUGGAGGAUCCAGGGCCAGGGGACGCAGGAGGCUGGCGUGAGCCUCCUGAGGCAGGGGCUUUCCCUUUUGCCACCUUCAGGACUUUUUGUUGACUGUUGUAACCCGAUAGCUGUUGUGUUUUAAAAUAUAAAGGAAGGAGACCGAAAUUGUAAAUACUUUGUAAACAAUCAUUUGUACUUGAAUAGUAGGGUUUUAAAGGGCACUGAUAUCCCACCAGACAA